AUGGCGGUGGAAAACAAGCCAAUCCAGCCUCAAUCAAAGAUUUCAACUGGAUCUGACCAUGUAUACAAGUCUUUACUUCAGUUGGUAACAUAUCCGCUCCGUUAUGCAAAAACUUUAUCCAGGCUAAAUAUUGAUGUUCCCAAAGCUGUACUUUUAAGUGGUCCUCCAGGUGUGGGAAAAACCAGCGUAGUCUCAUCUGUAGCCGAGGCAUGUCAGGCCAAACUGUUUGUGAUCAAUGCGUCGGAUGUAUUUGGAGGUGGAAUUGGAGAAAGCGAGGAGCGAUUACGUCAAAGGUUUGAUGAGGCUCGUAAAGCCACCGUGCAAUUUCCCAAUGAUCCAGUGAUACUUUUUAUUGAUGAGAUUGAUGUAUUGGCACCUAGACGAGAGGGAAAUAGUUCUGGCAGCACAACCAUGGUAGCCCAGUUUUUAACCUUGAUGGAUGGGAUGAUGGGUCGAGGCAGGGUGUUUAUUGUUGCUGCAACCAAUCGAUCAAGCGCUCUCGACCCGGCAUUGCGUCGACCAGGAAGAUUUGAUCGCGAAAUUGUAAUGAAUUUUCCAAGCGAAAGUCAACGAUUGGAAAUACUGCGUGAACUUACAAAAAAGCUAAAACUAUCCCCAACAGUAGAUCUUUUCCGCCUUUCUGUUACAACCAUUGGCUAUGUUGGUGCCGAUCUUGCUGCACUAUGUCGUGAAGCAGCAUUACUAUCAGCUUUGUCAUCAUCUAUUGUUACUACCCAGGAUCAUUUUGAUAUUGCAUUAAAGAAAUUACCUGGAGCAAGUGUUUUGCGCGGAACACGACCUGUUAUUGAAUCGACUAGAUGGGACGCUAUUGGCGGACUAGAAAGUGUCAAACUUGUUUUGCGACAGGCAAUUGAAUGGCCGAUUUUGUACAAGGAUACUUUUAAACGACUAGGUCUUCGUGCAUGUAGAGGGAUUCUUAUGUAUGGACCACCAGGAUGUAGCAAAACCACACUUGUCAGGACUGUUGCAUCCACUUCCAAUGCAUCGUUUUUCACUCUCAAUACAGCCAGUUUGUAUUCUGCCUACCUCGUCCGAUCGCUUUUUCAACGUGCACGAUCAGCAUCACCUGCAGUUGUAUUUAUUGAUGAGGUGGAUACAAUUAUUGGGAAAAGAAGUAUGGGCACAGAAGGUACUGGAGAUGCAGUUCAAGAGCGUAUUCUGUCUUCACUGCUAAACGAAAUGGAUGGCAUCGAAUCCGCAGCAGGUGUACUAGUUCUUGCUGCAACCAAUCGACCUGAUUUGAUUGACGAAGCAUUAUUAAGACCGGGACGGUUUGAUCGGGUCGUAUACGUGCCUCCUCCGUCAGAUACUCUAGCUCGCCAACGUAUUCUUGAGAUCUAUACCACAGGGAUGCUUCUUUGCCCCAAGUUGAAUUUAGAGGAUGUUGCUAGCCAGUGUGAGAUGUACACUGGAGCAGAUUUAAAAAGUCUGUGUAGAGAAGCUGCAUUGUGCGCAAUCAGAUCAAGCCAGUCUGAAUUGGUAAAUCACUCAAUGUUUAGUAUGAAAAUGGAUGAAUGGCUAAUAUCAGAUGUAUGUGAAUUAUUAUUUGAUGGUAGUGUUUGGACCAUUUUCUAA